AUGGAUCAACCACUUGGGAGCUUCAUCCCUCCAUACCUCAUAUCCUUCCCCACCAACACAGUCAGCUUCAUCCAUGUCGGCCCCCAAUCCGAAUGGCACCGCCAGCAACGCCCCGACACUACCCUCUGUCGCCGUGCAAACAAGGGUCAUUUGUCUGUCUACUGCAACCUCGAGAAGGACCAGUCUCACGUCCUUCUCGCCAUCUCCUUUCAGGAGGAUGAUCUCCCCUCCCUAAACCGCCAAGUGUACUACCACUACGUCGACAAAGACGACUCCAUCAUCGGCAACGGAACCCUCAUCGAGAUCACCUUCCAAAACUACCCCGAAGACAUCGACACGGCCGACCGCUUGAAGAACAGCAUCGCCUGGCGCAUCCGCUUUAACAAGAAGCACAUGGAUGCCAUCAAGUACAUCCUCACCCAGGCCCGUUCACAAACCGCCAACCUGCCCCGCGUCGCCGCCCUCCCCAAAGAAGACCGUGAUCUUCUUUACCACUACAUCCGCGCCACACUGAUUCCCCAGCCCGUCCCCCACGGCCUCGCCGCCCUCGGCAAAUGGCCCAUCCGUCUCCCCACCACCUUGUCCACAAGCCCCCCCCUCGGCGCAAAGUCCGAGCCGGUCGCGGCCUCUGUCUACCACGACGCAGCGCAGGACCAAGUCGUCGAGGAUACAGAGGAGGAAAAUCCCAAGGCGAUCAGAUUGCGCGAGAUGGAGCGGGAGCGCUACGCCAACAAGCCGCCUCCUUCCCCUCCUCCCCCCCGUCCUGCGUCUCCGUCUCCAUGGCCUGCGCGGAGCAAGAACAACCACGUCCCUGGUCCGUCUCGUGAGGACGAGGAGUUUUAUCAGAGUGUUAUUGAUGCCGCUACCACUCCCAAGAAGCCGGAGUUGUUUGUUGCUGCUCAGGAUGCUCUUCCUACCCCUACGCCUGUGAGGAGGGGGAGGAGGGCGGAGGAGGAUGAUGCUUUUUGGGGCUCGCCUUUAGGGAAGCCGGGGCAGAUGGCGUCGCGGAAGAAGGGGGGUUUGGCUCCUGGGUGUGGGGGGGCGACGGAGAGGAAGGUUUCGAUGCAGGCUUUGGUGGGGAAUGCCGAGGUUGAGGUGAGGUUUAAGGAGAAGGAUGCGGAUAAGGUUUUGUGA